CCCACCCUCUCUGUGGGUCCCAGGGGGGGUCUCACCCCUCUCUUCCCCCCCCAGGCUGUUCCUGCCAUGGGCUCCGGCCCCAUCGACCCCAAGGAGCUCCUGAAGGGCCUCGACUGUUUCCUGGGCCGGGAUGGAGAGGUCAAGACCAUGGAUGGCAUCUCCAAAAUCUUCAGCCUGAUGAAGGACUCGCAGAAGAUGGUGAGUCGCUGCAUCUACCUGAACAUCCUGCUGCAGACCCGCGCCCAGGACAUCCUCAACAAGUUCAUCAGGAUCGGGGGCUACAAGCUGCUCAACACGUGGCUCACGGGCUCCAAGGCCUCCAACAACGUCCCGUUCCUGCAGCAGAUCCUGCUCACGCUGCAGCACCUCCCGCUCACCGUCGACCACCUCAAGCAGAACAACACGGCCAAGCUGGUGAAGCAGCUCAGCAAGUCCAGUGAUGAUGAGGAGCUGCGGCGCCUGGCCUCCAUCCUGGUCAGCGACUGGAUGGGCGUCAUCCGCUCCCAGAGCAGCUCCCAACCCACAGAACGGGACAAAAAGAAGCGGAAAGAGGAAACCAAGAGCAAAACCCCCGUCCAGGAGAAGCCCCAGGAGGCCAAGAACGAGGCCAAGAACGAGGAGGCGCCGGAGAAAAAGCGGGAAAAGCCCAAAUCCCUUCGGACCACGGCCCCCAGCCACGCCAAGUUCCGCUCCACGGGGCUGGAGCUGGAGACGCCGUCACUGGCGCCGGUGAAGAAACUCAACUCGGGCGUCUCCGACAAGUACAACCUGAAACCCGUCCCCGUCAAGAGGCAGAAUGCCCCGUCAGGCCCCGGGGAGGCCCCUCUGGCAGAGAAGAAAUACAAACCCCUGAACACGGCGCCCAACGCGGCCAAGGAGAUCAAAGUGAAGAUCAUCCCCCCCCAGCCCAUGGAAGGUCUGGGGUUCCUGGACGCCCUGAACUCGGCGCCCGUCCCGGGCAUCAAGAUCAAGAAGAAGAAGAAGGUUCUGUCCCCAACAGCAGCCAAGCCCAGCCCCUUCGAGGGGAAGCCGCCCCCCGAGCCCAGCACGGCCAAACCCUCGUCCCCGGAGCCG